AUGAGCGCGACUAAAACUCUCAUAAUACGCUCAGCACCUGCUUCACCAGGGGCUAGCAUACGCGAUGCCACGCAGACGGUCAGGUGGGAUGCUAUCCUAACCAAAGGGAAUCAGAUAUGGACUAAAAUUCGGCAUCCUCAUUCCUCACAAUGCCACCCAUCUCUAGGCCGUGAAACAGGCCAACUCCGUCUUGAACUCGUCUUCCCUACUAUCAUUCACUUGUGGGAGACCGCACCAAUCCCCAUUGUGUUCAAGGUCAACUCUGCGGACGGCACCCGUCCUGAUCUAGAUCAAUUGCUGAUCAAGAAAAUCUCCAUACAGCUCGUUGUCUGCACGAUGGCUCGGGUAGGUCUGCGACAACAGAUCCGGACCACUAUGCUAUCGCUCUACGAAGACAGCUUCACCGUUCCUUUGACGCAUGACAGACCCGAGCAGGAUCACCACGGUGUGGCCAGCCCCCAAGAUGGCGCUUCAGCUGGAUCAACAGCAGGCUGCAAUCUCAACAUUGACGCAACGCACACCGGUACGAUCCUGCGACAGGCUCUGCGCAAGCACGGCAUCGUGCCCGAGUUCUCCACCUACAACAUCUUCCGUGCCUACAGCCUCCAGCUUUCCGUGCGUCUACGUGCGGCCGGCCAGAAUUUCACUUUUCGUCGCAAGGAGAUUCCGAUUUCGAUACCGAUGACGGCUUCUUUGGAGACUGCACUCCGACUGCCGCCUCCUUAUGACGCUCCUAUGGAUGCAGCAUGGGCGGCCGACGGUCCUCGAAACCAGGUAGAUGUCGCAGAUGAGCAGAUUGUCUGCCUCGAGGGGCAGCCCCCGGACGGCGUGGACCAGCUGCCACCUUACACCCGACACAGAGGGCCGAUAUCUGCAUGA